ACUUCACAAACGGAUGACGCAUGUUAUUCGUAAUGAUUAAGGAAUUACAGGAAACAUACAUACGUAUCUUAUCUGAAUAAUUUUAUGAAUAAUUUGAUUUAAAUCAUUAAUAUUUUACCACGACGGAGCAUUUAAAUGUUUACUAUAUUAAUGUUUAAAUGUUAACAAGACUUGUUAUAUGAUGAUUGGUUAUAUGACAACUGAUUAGCAUUUAGCUUAAACGGAUAGCGAUCUAGAGUACUUCGUUUCCAAGACUUAUACUGCUUGCCUUUUCUCUUCACAUUGUUGAUGGCGGAGAAGGUAAGAGUUUCUUGUCACUUCAGCAACAAACGAAAAAGCUGACUUAGAAAUCAAGGAUAUGGAUUACCUGCUUUAAUCGUUUGUUUCAUUCUUUCUUUCCCGAUAUUUCCAAGUCAGCAAAGUUUGAAAAGCCAUUCCAUCAUUUUCCCCUCUCACGCAUUGGAAAUUGCUACAAAACUAUCAUGUUGGAAUGUUGGUAGAAGAACCAUAGUCCAAUUCACAAGCUGCAGAGAAAGAUGAUGAUGUCCACACCCUCAGCAGAGCAGCAGCAGCGGCCGGAGAAGCCACACGCAGUGCUGCUGCCAUGUCCGGCACAAGGCCAUAUCAACCCAUUUAUGCAGCUAGCCAAGCUCUUACACCUCCAAGGUUUCCACAUAACAUUCGUCAACACCGAGCAUAACCACAGGCGCCUGGUCCGGACCGGAGGGCCCGAAGCUGUGAAGGAUCUCCCUGAUUUCCAGUUUCAGGCUAUUCCUGAUGGCUUGCCGCCGUCGGACAACGAUGCAACUCAAGACCCUGCUGCACUUUGUUACGCGACGCAGAAUUACUGCCUGGAACCCUUUCUGGAACUAAUUGACAAACUAAACUCAUCUUCUGAUGACAUCCCACCUGUUUCUUGCAUAGUAUCAGAUGGAGUGAUGACUUUUGGGAUUAGAGCUGCUGAAUUGUUGGGGGUCCAGCAUGCUACAUUCUGGACUGCUUCAGCCUGUGGCUUCCUGGGAUAUUUGCAAUUUGAUGAACUCAUUAGAAGAGGCAUAUCUCCUCUCAAAGAUGCCAACUUAGUGGAUGGAACCCUUGAAAGUCCUCUAGGCUGGAUUCUUGGAAUGAGAAACAUCCGACUGAGGGAUCUGCCAAGCUUUGCAACGACGAUGGAUGUCGAUGAUGUAGCUUUCCAUUUCGUCAGAACGGAAACCAGGAACUGCUUGAAAUCAUCCGGUGCAAUCAUCUUCAACACCUUUGAUGCAUUUGAAGAGCCCGUGCUAGAAGCAAUCAGAACAAACUUUGCUGGCCAGCAGGUGUAUACAAUUGGUCCACUCCACUUGCUUGGGAAGGAAAUGUAUGAACCCGAAACCGAAUCCACGUCGAUUAGUCUGAAUCUAUGGAAAGAAGACCUGAAAUGUAUGGAAUGGCUCGACGAAAAAGAGCCUCAAUCAGUUGUGUAUGUCAACUAUGGGAGCAUGGCGGUUAUGUCUGAUGAUCAUUUGAAGGAAAUUGCGUGGGGGCUUGCAGAAAGCAAACGUCCAUUUCUCUGGAUCAUACGAUCAGACAUCGCAAUGGGGAGUUCAGCUAUCUUGCCGAUAGAGUUUCUGGAUGAAAUCAAAGGACGUGGGUGUCUCGCCGGUUGGUGCCCACAGCAGGAAGUGCUUUCACAUCCAGCUGUGGGCGUUUUUCUGACCCAUUGUGGUUGGAACUCUACGAUGGAGAGCGUCUCUGCUGGCGUUCCCAUGAUCUGCUGGCCAUUUUACGCGGAACAACAGACUAACUGUAGAUAUGCUUGCACUGAAUGGGGGAUUGGCGUCGAGCUCAGUAAGGAUGUGAAGAGGAAUGAGGUUGUGGAUGCCGUUGAAGAGAUGAUGAAUGGAGAGGAAGGGAAGGCGAUGAAGCAUAAGGCUUUGGAGUGGCAAAAGAAAGCGAGGGAAGCCGUUGGUGUGCAAGGAUCGUCGCUCGAUAAUUUUAUGCAAUUUCUUCUCGAUUAUGAUCACAAGAAUAAACACAGGCACGCGGGAAGUAUUUAGUCAAUGACAUGUUUAAGAGCAUACGAUAUUUAGCAUAUUUUAGUAGUGUGGAGAGAGAAAAGAAAUAGUUAGAAAUCGUAAACAAAAACAAGUAUCAUAUAUUUUUUCUCAAUAACUUAGAAAUUCCAGU